CAGUCGUGUCCUUUUUAGACAAACGUCAGCUUUCCAGGGUCUCUUCUCGGGGUUUCAGCAGUUCUGUGAUUAGCUGACUUCUAUUCAUUUGAAGUGGACACUUAUUUGAAGAGGGGGUUAGACUUUCGGCUUGUUUCUCGGGACUAACAUAGCAAAAAAUGCCUGGACCAGCAGCAAGUGCUACAAAUGUGGGGGCUUCUAGUCGUUCCCCAAGCAAGACAGUGGCUCCUCGGGCUGCAGGCUCCACUGUCAGACAAAGAAAAGCCACCAGCAGCGGCACACGCAGCGGCGGACGGACCACAGGAUCAGCAGGCACUGGUGGCAUGUGGCGCUUCUACACUGAAGACUCUCCGGGCCUCAAAGUUGGGCCGGUGCCAGUGCUGGUGAUGAGCCUCUUGUUUAUUGCUUCAGUCUUCAUGCUUCACAUCUGGGGGAAGUACACCCGCUCCUAAACCGCCCCAAUGACCCCACCACCACCACCAUCGACUGCAGCUCAGCCUCUGUGGAUCUGGACCAAACCAACCAUCAACAAGUUUCCUGUGCAGUUAUCAAAUUGACAGGAAUCAGAUUUUUGUGACCAUUUUCACAUAAAAUCUUAUUAUCCGUCAGUGAUUUUUUUUUUUUCCCCCUCCUUUUUAUUUGUGGUUUACACGUGUUCGAUGAAGAGGAGGAAGCUUCAUCACUCAAAGCAGCGUGUUCCCUCAUCGGCUUGAUGAAGACAGUACAGGGCUCAGUGACUUUUUCUUUCCCCAGCAAAACAUUUCUACUCAGAGCCUGAAUUUCAUUUUUGUUAACAUUUGUACAAAUUGUUACUGUAAAAUUGUACAAUAAAAACUGAAAAAAACCCAGUGUGACCAUUUAUUUUCACUGAAUAGAUUUUCAGAAAUGUUGCUUUUAUCUAACUUUCUGUGCUCAUAACCACAUCGUUGAAAGCUGCACAUUUUCACUUCCCACAGUGGUUAAGAAAGGCCCUGAAGUACUUUCAGUUUUUUUGCCAUUCUGCUUCAUAUCUUGAGGUUUCAAAAGUUCUCUGAAAUGACAUUCCUGACUUGAUUUAUCUAAAUCUAUCAUAUGCUUACAAGAAUUUAAUUUGUUCCGGUGAAUGUCUUAACAUCUUUCAGAAUAAAAGCACACUUUUGUA